CUCGCGUUGCUUUGUGCGGUCACUGACAGAGAGUUACAGUGGAUCAAGGCACAGAGCCGGAGUUAGCAACAAGAAAGUAUUAGGUAAUCCCGGAAGAAAGGCUAUCUAUUACAGGAAGGGGGAACAUGGACUGUCGAGCUGCUCUGAGAGAAGCAGAAACCCAGUUCCAGAAACAGAACUUCGGGACUGCAGAAGAACUUUAUACCCGGUUCAUUCUACACUGCCCAGACGGUGAAUGGAAAGAUAAAUGCUGUGCCGAGGACCUGGCUAAUGCAUACAACAACAGAGGACAAAUCAAGUACUUAAGAGUAGAUUUUUACGAAGCUAUGGAUGAUUACACAUCAGCAAUUCAAAUCAAAGAAGAUUUUGAAGUUGCUUAUUAUAAUCGAGGAUUGAUACGUUACAGACUAGGUCUAGCAAUUGAAGACUGCAUCCAUCAGCAGCAGCAACAGACUUGUGCUCCAAUAGAAUCUGAAAUCUCAUGGCCUGGUAUAUUCCCACUCAAUCAUUACCAUCAAGUCAGGGGAUCAACCCUGUUCUAAUGAAGACCGCAGAAGCAGACCCAGGAGUAGCAAAAGGAAUACCCAAAAUGAUGAUGUCAAUCUGGUGAAGCUAUCAAACAGGACUGUGUGUACGCCAAACUGCACAAGUAGCAAGUGAUACACAUAACAAAGCAAAUCCACGACAAAUGGAUCAAAUCCAAACUCUACAGUACUGCCACGACCGUGAAAGCUGUUGGAUAAUGAUACAACUCACUGGAGAUAUUUGUAGAGUCUCCUCCUCCCAAAGAUGGGGAAGCCCAGCAAAUUAUUGCAGAAUAGAAAGCUGGAGUAGUAGUCGCAGCCUUCAGCCAGAACUGCCAAGUGGAUGAUUCACGUCAGCCUCUUCCUCUGGAGGUCCCCAACAUCACACAUCUCAGUAUUCAGCCAACUUGUUUCACUCUACAGGAUAUUGCAAGAACUAUGGGUCCUAACAACAUUCCGACAACAGUACUGAAGACUUACGGUCAAAGACUUGUCGCUCCCCUAGCCAAGCUCUCCCAACACGUUUACCAAUGCUGACAUCUACCUGACGAUGUGAAAAAUUGCCCAAGUAUGUCCAUUACACAAAAAUCCAGUCUGGCUAAUUACUGGAUUACCCUAUCGGUCUACUCUUGAUCAUCAAUAAAGUGACGGAAGGUGUUAUCAACAGUGUUAUCCAGCAGCACCUGCUCAGUGACGCCCAGUUUGGAUUUUGCCGGAGCCAGCCAGCUCCUCACUGGAUUGGUCCAUGUUCAAACCAAGCCCACGAAGAGCUGAAUUCCAGAGGUGAGGGGUGAGAGUGACUGCCCCUAUAUCAAAACCACAUUUACCAGAGUGUGACAUCAAGGGGACUGAGCAAAACACAAGGCGCUGUGAUUCAAUAGGAAUGAUAUCUAUUGGUUGGAGUCAUGCCUGGCCCAUAGGAAGAUGGUUGUGGUUGUUGGAGGUCAGUCAUCUCCACUCUAUUACGUCUCUGCAGGAGCUCCCCAGGAUAAUGUUCUAGGCCCAAUUAUCUUUAGCUGUUUCAUCAAUGACCUUCCCUCCAUCAUAAGGUCAGAAGUGGGAAUGUUCAUUGAUGAUUACCCAUGUUCAGCACCAUUCACGACUCCUCAAUCAAUGUCUAAUUGCAGCAAACAUAGUCAAUAUCUAAGCUUGGGUGACUAGUGGAAAGUAAAACUCAUGCCACAUGAAUGCUAGGUAAUGAGAAUAUAACAUUACUCCUUGACAUUUAGCGGCAUUGCCAACAUUGAAUCUCUACUAUCAACAUUGUGGGCAUUACCAUUGAUUAGAAACUGAACUGGUCUUUUAAAGUCAGAGAUUAAGGUUCCUGCAGUGAGUAACUCACCUCAAGAAACCUGACACCAUCUAGUUCAAAAUAGUGUGCUUGAUUGACAACACAUCCAUAAGCAUUCACUCCUUCCACCCGGCUCAGUAGCACCAGCAUGUACCAUCUACAAAAUGUGUUGUAGAAAUUCACCAUGGCUGUUUAGAUAAUACCUUCCAAACCAGGCUCACUAGCUUCUAGAAGGACAAGGGGAGCAGAUACAUGGGAACACCCCCAUCUGCAAGUUCCCCUCAGAGCCACUCACCAUCCUAACUUGGAAAUAUAUUGUUGUUCCUUCAGUGUUGCUGGAUCAAACAUUUUGAAACUUGCUCCCCAAUAGCAUUGUGGGUUUACCUAGACCAAAUGGACUGGAUUGGUUUAAGGCAGGAGCGCACUGCGGCCUUCCUAAGGACACUUGAGGAUAAGCAAUAAAUGCUGACGCAGCCAACAGUGCCCAAUAUUUAAAAAAAGUAAUGUUCAGUGUCAGCUUCUGUAUAUUAAAACUGCUCUUGGCAAUCCUGAGAGAGUACAGUCUACCAUCUAGUGGCUAGGUAGUGGUUUGUUAUGAACCAUGUGUGCAAAUGAGUUAGAAUGGGCAUGGAGUUCACUUUGAUUAAAGCAACUGUGCAUUUGUUUACAGAUAUUUCUGCUUGAAAUAUAUUGAGUUGAAAAUGCAGUUUGUUUCUUGCCAUUUCACUGCAAAAAAAGUCAAAUGAGAUUUCCCGAUUAACAUAUGCAAAAUGUAUGCAAAAGCUUUCUGUAGUAUCUUGCCAUUUUCACUCAAUAAUACCCCUGAGUCCCCUUUUCAAGGCACAUAUGGGGGCUAAUUUGGCUAUAUAAUUGUCCCUUGGUGUUCAGAACCCUGGGAUUCCUUAAUUAUUUGGGAAUAUCAUUGCAACAAGUCAAGGAAGUAAUCCACUGCACCCUUCUCAGAAUGACUAGACAUAGACCAUGAAUAAAGCCAUACUGUGUCAGUAACAUUCCACAUUCAAUUUUUUUUUAAAAAAAGACUUGUGUAUUAACCUUUCAUGUUUAUUUCUAUCAAUAGGAUUUUUAAUUAAGAGUCUUCAUUAAA